CCGCGUGCUGCUGACGUCACCCGUUGUGGCCUGGCGGGGCAGGAGAUGGCCGGGAAGUGGUGACGGGGCUGACGGAGAGGCGGUUGUACGCGGCGCUGUCUGUCGGCUCACUCCCACCGCCCGGCGCUGUCCCCCCGGUAGCCGCUGUCACCCGGUAGCCCCCCCAGGCGGUGAGCUGUGUCCGGGCCCAGUGUCACCAUGAAGCCGGCCGCCGCGCUCGCUGUGUGUCUGCUCUGCCUGGCCGGCCUGGCUCUGGCCAUUCAGGAGGAGGACGGCAACCACCGGGAGCCCCCACUGCCGCAGAAACCCGAGCCAGCCGUGCGAGCAGAGAAGAUGCCUACUCCUGCAAUACAAGCUGUCAAUGAUGAGGUUUCCAUGGCUGGUAACUUGGGAUUCAUCCAUGCAUUCGUGGCAGCUAUAUCUGUGAUCAUCGUUUCAGAGUUGGGAGAUAAGACCUUUUUUAUUGCUGCCAUAAUGGCUAUGAGAUAUAACCGCCUCACCGUACUUGCAGGAGCUAUGCUUGCCUUGGGUCUAAUGACCUGUUUAUCAGUUUUGUUUGGGUAUGCAACAACUGUCAUUCCAAGGGUCUAUACAUAUUAUGUGUCUACUGCGCUUUUUGCAAUAUUUGGUAUUCGAAUGCUGCGGGAGGGCUUAAAGAUGAGUCCUGAUGAAGGCCAGGAAGAACUUGAGGAGGUUCAAGCAGAAAUCAAAAGAAAAGAUGAAGAACUUCAGAGAUCUAAACUACUCAAUGGACCUGGGGACUUAGAAGCUGGUGGAGGGCCUGCAACACCUAAGAAGAGAUGGAUGCAGUUCAUAUCGCCAAUAUUUGUUCAGGCUUUCACAUUAACAUUCUUAGCAGAGUGGGGUGAUCGCUCUCAACUCACAACAAUUGUUCUGGCAGCAAGAGAGGAUCCAUUUGGAGUUGCUGUUGGGGGUACGAUCGGACAUUGCCUUUGUACUGGUUUAGCAGUUAUUGGAGGAAGAAUGAUAGCCCAAAAAAUUUCAGUUAGAACAGUGACAAUCAUCGGCGGUAUUGUGUUUCUGGCGUUUGCUUUUUCAGCUUUAUUUAUAAGCCCGGAUUCUGGCUUUUAGCACUUUUUCUGGAAUGCUAAUUCAGUCUGGAUAAGGCCUGUUUUGUACUGUAUUGCUGUAUAUAUUGUACAAAUUGUAGUUAACAUCGAGAGAUUCGCUGUAUAGAACCAUUCACCGGUAAUGACUAUUUUUUUUUAGUCUGAGUGUAUGUGAUCUACUUUGCUUAAGUAUUAACUGCUGGGAGAUGUGGAAGGAUUUUUUUUUUUCUUCUUCAAUGUACAACUUUACAGUCUGAAACUGUAGUUUAUCAUGCAUCUCCACUAUAUUUGCUAUUACUGCGCAUUAAUAGCGCACAGUAAUUAGUCAGUAAUUGUCAAUAUUUGACAUGGAAGAUAUUCUGGCAUUGGGAUGCUGCAGACGGUGUAUUUAAAUCAGAACAUCUAAUACUCCUGAAGAACACCUGUAAGGCAUGAUUUUAUAGUGUACAUUGCAAAUCCAUAAGAUUUAAAGACCUUGGAAUUCUCCGAUCAUUACUUGUAGUUGCCUACCUGUAGUUACUAGUUUAUUUUAGGGAAACCCUUACUCUGUGGCUGUGCAUAUCAUGCUUUGGGGUGUUUAUCUCUGGACCUUUAGAAACAUGGGCUAAAGUUCUGUCUAAGCCAUUUUGUUUGUUUUUAUCCCCUCCCCCCCCCCCACCAAUUCAUUGGGAUUCUCGAAUGUCUAUUUUGUUUUUUGUAUUUGGUUGAACUUUCUGUUUUUCUUAGAAUGCAUGAUCUGCAGGUCCCUCUGAUCCCAUAUAAGCAUUUAUUUAGUAUCAGUGAUGAACCAUUUGUUCAUCAGCAAGUAUAAUGGAUCAAAACUGUGUAUAAUGUUACAUGCUGCAUUAUAACUCCUAGAUUCUAUUGCACUUGAAUAGUGUUUUGUGCCACAAAGUGGAAUGUAGGUGACACCAGGACUUUCAGGUGUCUUCUGUGUCACAUAUGGUGGUUGACCUACAUUGGUUGAUGGUGAUUAUGGUACAUUGUGACAUUAUUUCACUUUCUAGUUUGCCAUAAUGUCAAAUUCUAAACCCGAAUUAAAUGAAUACACUGCUACCUGCCCAUUGUAAAAGUAGGUACAUACCCUGCUUUUUAUUGCAUAUACUCUGGCAGCUCAUCUGGUUAUUAAAAUUAAA